AUGUCGAAGGAUGAUGAGUAUGAUUACCUUUUUAAAGUUGUGCUCAUCGGCGAUUCCGGAGUAGGCAAAUCAAACUUGCUUUCACGCUUUACAAGGAAUGAAUUCAACCUCGAGUCAAAGAGUACAAUUGGAGUUGAGUUUGCAACUCGAAGCAUCCAAGUAGAUGGUAAAACUAUCAAAGCACAAAUCUGGGACACAGCUGGGCAAGAGCGUUACCGCGCAAUCACCAGCGCAUAUUAUCGUGGAGCGGUGGGCGCACUUCUAGUUUACGAUAUCGCCAAGCAUGUCACUUUCGAAAAUGUGGAUCGAUGGCUGAAGGAACUUAGGGAUCAUGCAGAUCAUAACAUCGUGAUCAUGCUUGUUGGUAACAAGAGCGACUUGAGACAUCUUCGUGCGGUUGCGACAGAUGAUGCGAGAGGAUAUGCCGAACAGAGAAACCUGUCCUUCAUCGAGACUUCAGCCCUGGACUCCACCAAUGUAGAGCAAGCAUUUCAGACCAUCUUGACAGAAAUCUAUCGCCUUGUAAGCAGAAGACCCAUGGAAGCAGGAGAGUCAGGCGAUUCGCCAAGUGUCGGUCAGGGAGAGAAAGUGAUCGUAUCGCGCGAGGAUGAGACCAAGGCAGCAGAGAGAAAGUCAAAGUGCAGCGGAAGUUGCUAAGGGGUGGGUCGAAUUAGGUGAUGCUGAAUAUGGAAGGACAAGAGGAGGACGAGCUCUCGAUCAGGGUCGGGCAAUUUGAGCAGGCUGUAGGUGAUUGCUUGAAGGACAUCACGAGCGAGGAUCCAGUCAUAAGGAUGAAUU